ACCUGCGUCGUAUGUACACACUGCUCAGGCCACUCGGAGCGAACGCGCUGCGCCCAUUGGUGGACGCGGCCCACGCCCAGUGUGCCAAAGAUGGGACGGAGUUACUCCAACAUAAGCAUACUAAAGAUGAGGUCAGUUAUACAUCUAUCUCUGUCUAGCACAGACCUGCGUCGUAUGUACACACUCCUCCGGCCACUCGGAGCGAACGCGCUGCGCCCAUUGGUGGACGCGGCCCACGCCCAGUGUGCCAAAGAUGGGACGGAGUUACUCCAACAUAAGCAUACUAAAGAUGAGGCUCACACCCACUUCGUGUCAUCCAUGGUGUCGCUCCACACAAAAUACUCUGCGCUCUUCGCCGAAGUGUUCGACAAUAACCAGGCGUUCCUAGGCGCCCUGGACCGGGCCUGCUCCAGCGUCGUCAACUCGAGACCCGACGACAACAGCCCGCCGAAGGCGCCCGAGUUACUGGCCAGAUACUGCGACGCCCUGCUCAGGAGACGCGGAAGCGAAGCGGAACCGGAAGCCCGCCUCGCCGCCGCCAUCUUGGUUUUCAAGUACAUCGACGACAAAGACGUCUUUCAGAAGUACUACGCCAGGGCGCUGGCCAGGCGGCUCAUACAUCAGCUGUCUGCUAGUAUGGAACAGGAAGAAGCAAUGAUCAACCGUCUAAAAGCUGCCUGCGGUUACGAAUUCACCAAUAAAUUACAUCGCAUGUUCACCGAUGUUGCUGUCUCAGCUGACCUUAAUAACAAGUUCCAACAACAUCUGAGAGAGCAGGAACAGCCGCAGGCGGGCAUGCCAGGCUUCAGUGUGCAGGUGCUCCAAGCCGGAGCGUGGCCGCUGGGCGGCGCCAUGGCGCCCCUAGCUCCCCCGGCCGCCCUAGAGCGCCCCGCGCGGCAGUUCGAGGCCUUCUACCGCGCCUCCUUCAGCGGCCGCCGCCUCGCCUGGCUGCACCACCUCUGCACGGGAGAACUGAGGACCAGAUACACGCCUCGCCCCUACCACCUCAGCGCCAGCACUCCGCAGGUAUCUUCUACCGCGCCUCCUUCAGCGGCCGCCGCCUCGCCUGGCUGCACCACCUCUGCACGGGAGAACUGAGGACCAGAUACACGCCUCGCCCCUACC